AUGCUUCUGAGUUCCUUCUACUUUUGGGAGAGGUCUACUAAUUGCUUUCACACCCCUUUUGGCAUGAUUACCCCGACUCUUCUCGAUGUUGCUGCUAUUGCUGGCCUUUGGCCCAUGGGCGAUGAUUAUCAUUCUACUGCUGCCCCAACUGCGCCAAUCGCAAUCUCGACAGAGAAUGUGGCCUUCGGUCGAUUUGUUAAACAUCAUUAUGUCGAGGAGGGUGAGGUGUCUGAUGCUGAGCAUGUCGCCUUUCUUUUGUACUGGCUUUCUACUUACGUUUUCUGCACUAAAUCCUUGAGGAUCCCUGCCAAAUUACUUCCUUUAGCUAACUUGCUUCACGAAGGUCGAAAGCUUGCGUUGGCUAGGCUAGUUCUUGGAAAUUUGUACCAAAUGAUUAAUGAAGCAAUGGCUGAUAUUCGAAACCCUAAAAUCAUCUCUUUGAAUGUUGUUGGCCCUCUCUGGUUGCUUCAACUCUGGUUGAAUGCGGUGUUUGAAUCUUUUCUCCCAGCCAAGAAGACUUUUCCUGUAAUCUCUAAUACCAGGAUUGAUGCUCAUCGGCUUGAAACCUUGACCCCUCCUUAUGAUGCUUCCGACUUCGAAGCCGAUUUUAAGAAGUACUUUAGCAUGUUUCUCGAGCUAAAGCACUACCGGUCUAGCUUUGCCCCUUACAGCAAACCGACCUAUGGCCCUCGAUGGCUUAGGUAUUCAUACCCUAACCUUCCUGACCCCGGAGCUCUCUCCCAGCAUCAACUUGAACUAUGGCAAACCAUCCUAUCUCCCCGAGUUUUAACGAUAGGUUUUGCCAGUAACGAUCACACCCUGUGUGGCUAUAAUCCUCAGCUCGUUUCUCGACAGUUUGGACUAAGUCAGGAUAUGGCCAACACUUUGUUUGACAGCACCCUCGUCCUUUAUCUUGGCGUCGUCACCAAGACCAGCGUCUUCAACAAAACCGUUCACUAUUACAACAAGAAGCUUCUCGACCUUAGUCCUUUCCCUUUCGUUCCUUCUUAUUACGUUACCAAGUCCUUUAAAACCUGGUGGUCCGGGUAUUGGACUGAAAUUUCGAUGCACCUUGUGGAUUGUGUUCAGUGCAUGACUAAUGCUUUUCUUUUGCAGAACCAGAUUCCCAAGAAGACCAAAGCUGAACCCAUCCCUCGAUCAACUCCUCAGACUUCUUAUCAAGUGCCUCCGGUUACUAUUGAAGUCGACGAUGAUGAUGAUGAUGACGAUGUUAGUUUGGCUGACAAGCUUAACUUAACCAAGGGUCGAAAACGAGGGGCCACCCCUACUACUUCUGCCAGUAAGAAACGAGCCAAAGGUGUUAGGGGCUCCACUGUUAGUAAGCCCUAUCCAUCCAAAUCCACAAGCCAACCUCAGGUGGGGGGAGGUGGUGAUGGUUCAGCCGUUGACAAAGUCGAGAUGCAAGAGCAUUCUGCUUCUAGCCCUCCACCUCACGAAGAGCUGCUCGUUUCUGCAAACGUCGAAGCCUCUAGCAAGCAUGGCGAGAAGACGCCAAUCGAGAAGGCUCCUAAGAAGAAGAAGUCCAGAACCAAGUCUGGCAGAGGGUCGGGUAGCAAGUCCUCACAGCAUUCUAAGAGUUCAGCAGAUUCUAGUCCCCUCAAACAAUUUGCUCGUAAGGUAACCUUUGGUUGGUCAUAG